GCUCGGCGUGGGAGAACCGGCCGCCGCGGGGAAGGGGCGCCCCCAGAGCCCGUGCUCGUCGGAGGAGCGUCCCGGCUUGCGGCUGGCGGCUCGGCAGGAAGCCGCUCUAGCCGUUCCCGGAAGCGCGGCGCCUCCUCCGCUUCGGCGAAGGGUUCCGGGAUCGGAGCCGGCGAGAGCGGCCGCGCCUCCUGCCUGGCCAUGCUGCGCCCCAAGGCCCUGACGCAGGUGCUGAGCCAGGCUAACACCGGAGGGGUCCAGAGCACCCUGCUUCUGAACAAUGAAGGCUCACUCCUUGCAUAUUCCGGUUAUGGAGACACGGAUGCCAGAGUCACAGCUGCCAUUGCCAGCAACAUUUGGGUGGCUUAUGACAAGAAUGGGCACCAGGCAUUCAAUGAGGACAACUUGAAGUUCAUCCUUAUGGACUGCAUGGAGGGCCGUGUCGCGAUCACCAGAGUCGCCAACCUGCUGCUGUGUAUGUACGCGAAGGAGACGGUGGGCUUUGGCAUGCUGAAAGCAAAGGCUCAGGCUUUGGUCCAGUACCUUGAGGACCCCCUCACCCAGGUGGCUGCUUCCUGAGCUGGCAGGACUUCUCUCGCUCAAGGCUGAUCUCCAGAGAAGCAUUUUGCCUUGCAGGCUGCACCUCCCAGCAGCCUUGUGGAUCGCAUGUAUUUCAAAAAUGAAAAUAGCAGUGGGAAGAGAAUAAAAGGGUAUUCUUA